GUCAGUGUUUGACUCGAGCGUCUCUAUCUGAAGAAGGAGUGACACGCGGGGGCUUGUGGGUAGGACGUCCAGGUCAGCCAUAUUGUCUUCUCCAGCCGCCUGAAGGAGAGAGAUAGAGCAAGAAUGAAAGGGUUUCGGGGAAUAAGCCAGCUGUCGAAGAGGCUGUAUGCAGCCCAGGCCGCCCGUAAGGUUGAGGUUUCCGAAGCCCUCAAGUUGGUGCCACAGGAGGUGCAGGUAACCAAAUUGCCGAGCGGCCUGGUGAUUGCUUCCCUGGAGAACUAUUCCCCAGCCUCUCGCAUCGGCGUCCUCGUAAAAGCCGGCAGUCGAUAUGAACCCCACGAAAGCCUGGGUGUCACACACUUGCUCCGGCUGGCCAGUGGCCUGACUACGAAAGGAGCCUCUGCGUUCAAGAUCUGCCGUGGCAUCGAGGCAGUUGGAGGAAGUCUGGGCGUGUCUACAACCAGGGAGACCAUGGUCUACACGGUGGACUGUUUGAGAGAUCACAUUGAUACAGUCAUGGAGUAUCUGAUCAAUGUGACCACUGCACCAGAGUUUCGGGCAUGGGAGCUGUCUGAUCUCACUCCCAGGGUAAAAGUGGAUAAUGCCCUCGCCAGCCAGAACCCACAGAUUGGUCUCCUCGAGAAUCUGCAUGCUGCUGCGUACAAGAACGCUCUUUCUAACUCUCUGUACUGCCCCGAGUACAUGGUGGGCAAAAUCACCACAGAUCAGCUGCACACUUUUGUUCAAAACAAUUUCACAAGUGCAAGAAUGGCUCUCGUUGGACUCGGUGUGGACCACGCUGUUCUUAAACAAGUAGGAGAGCAGUUCCUGAACAUCCGUAGUGGAGCAGGUGCCGUUGGCUCAAAAGCAAUGUACCGUGGAGGUGAGCUGCGGGCUCAGACAGGAGACAGCCUGGUGCAUUCGGCCGUGGUGAGCGAGAGCGCGGCGGCCAGCUCUGCUGAGGCUGUAGCUUUCAGCGUCCUGCAGCAUGUUCUAGGAGCCGGACCGCACGUUAAGAGAGGCUCCAACAUCACCAGCAAACUGAGCCAGGCCAUCUCCAAGGCUACGGCUCAGCCCUUUGACGCCUCUGCGUUUAAUGCCAGUUACUCUGAUUCUGGGCUGUUUGGCGUGUACACUAUCUCCCAGGCUGAUUCUACUAGAGACGUGAUCAAAGCGGCCGUCGGACAAGUCGGCGUUAUCGCACAAGGAAAUCUGGCUGCAGAGGAUCUGAGCAGAGCCAAGACUCAAUUGAAGGCUGAGUACCUUAUGUCCACUGAGACCCCAGAAGGCCUGUGGGAAGCUAUUGGGACACAGGCACUGACCGAGGGCACUUAUCAUACUCCCGAGGCCAUUAGCCAAAAAAUCGAUGCUGUGUCUUCGAGUGACGUUGUCAAUGCGGCGAAGAAGUUCGUGUCUGGGAAGAAGUCGAUGGCUUCCAGCGGACAUCUGGUUAACACACCUUUUGUGGAUGAAAUCUGAACAUCUUUCAGUGUUCCAAUAAUUAUUUUGUCACCUCUUCCUUAAUCCUAAAAAAAAAAAAUCACAAAAAAAGACCACGGUUCCAGCACACUUUGGUGUCUCACACAAAGUGGUAAUGCUGCCAUGUCCAGUCGGUGUUGAGAGGAGAAAAAAAAAAGAUGAACCUCCAUGAGCUUGUCCAUUUGAAAUGUAUAGCACUAUGUAAACUAAUAAAUAAAGAGUAUUGGGGAAACGUG